GCCGCGGACUGCGCGCACCGCUCGCUGCUGCACGUGCCCAAGAAGCUGCCUGUAGACGCCCAUCGACUAGAUCUCCAAGGAAACAACAUCUCUAUCAUUUUCCAGAGCGAUUUUCAAAACUUAAAGGAGUUAAAGACACUGCAAUUAUCCGAAAACCAAAUACACACCAUCGAGCGAGAUGCAUUUUUGGAGCUCACCGCAUUGGAGAGGCUGAAAUUGAACAAUAAUCGUCUGGGCCACUUGCCAGAAGGUCUUUUUAUGAGAUUGAGGCAUCUCCAGAGAUUAGACCUAAGCCGCAAUGAGCUGACGGCAAUCAGUCGACGAACCUUCCGCGGUCUCUCGGCCCUCAAAAGUCUACAUCUGGAUGGAAACCAGCUCAAAUGCAUCGAUGAAAAGGCCCUUGAGAACCUGAAGAGUCUGGAAGUACUAACCCUAAACAACAACAACUUGACGUACCUCUCGCUGGAGCCGGCGGCUGUCGCGCGACUACACACGCUGCGACUGACCGACAAUCCGGUCGUGUGCGAUUGUCGCGUGGCACGGCUGGCUAGCGCUGUGAAGAGUACCGGCAUUUUGGGAGUUGGAGCAAGAUGUCAAGCCCCAGCCACAUUAAGGGGAGCUCUUCUGACUGAUCUGGAGGCGCACGAGUUGAUAUGUAGCGGACCCACAACUGCAAUGCCCGGCGAGUGCUCCGCGGAGCCCCGCUGUCCCCCACCCUGUCGCUGCACACCCGAGGGUACAGUCGACUGCAGAGAGAAACUUCUGUCGGAACUGCCUUCCACCAUCCCACAUAGAGCUACAGAGAUGUAA